AAAUCAUUUCUGUUUCAUCUCUGGAUGGUCAAGCAAGCCCAGAGGGGAAGGCAGCGAUUUGUUUCUUAUUUAUCACAGACUUAUUUCAUAAACCACGAGAGAAAGAGAGAGUAAUACUCGCGCAGAUAUUUAACUUGAAGGAUGUAUGUAAAUUUUUUGAAUGAAUUGUAAAUUUGUAAAACCGCCGUAUGUUUUAUAAAUCUGCAGAGCCAUAUUAAGAGCUGGAGGUGUGGCCUCGCUGUUUCAUUGAUGAAGAGGAGUGACGAACCGUUUUUAACAUUGCAGGAAUUCUUCAAACGUGUAUAAAAAUUGGGUUUUAAUUGUAAUUAAGUCUGUGUUUAUUUGUUUGAAGAAGAAGGAAGAAGCAGUUUAUUGACUUGAAAAUUUUUACCAUUUAUUUCUUUGCUGCAAACAUGAUUCAGACUGAUGUUACCGUUUUCUUCACUUUAAUCACCUCUGUGCUUUCUGCGACAAUAAGGACAGAGAUAUGUCACUAUUUACGAGGAUCGUGCGACACAACGUGCGAGUUUGAAUACAUACACAAAUGGGGCAUACCACUAUGUUCCGGGGUAGGAAUGAAAUGCUGCGCACCGGAUGAUGUUGUGCAAAUGAUGAAGAACCGCAAAACCACCACUACAACCACCACAACUACCACCACCACCACCACCCCCGCACCGGCACCACCAAUGUAUGACGUGCUGGUGCUGGACCAGCCCCAGUACAUGUCCAACAAGAUACCCAGCAGAAAUGAUUGCGGCAAACCUUACUUCUCCCAUCGAGCCAAGAGAAUUGUGGGAGGGACAACGGCUCCCAGGGGGGCAUGGCCCUGGCAAGUGUCCUUCCGCUAUAUGAGUGGGCUCUAUGGUUGUGGAGGCGCGCUCAUCAGUGACCGCUGGGUUCUAACCGCUGCCCAUUGCUUCAAAGGAGAAUACAACAGUAUCCAUAAAUGGCGCGUGACUGUUGGAAUGCACGACACCAAAGCAAAUGAACCUUCCAAACUGGACAUCCCUAUCAGAGCCAUAAUCAAACAUCCCCUAUACAUAGCUUAUAACGAGGAGGAAGAACAGAGGAGCAACCAGAGCACACCCCUCCACAAACGCUACGCCCACGAUAUCGCCCUGGUGGAGCUAGACAGGAGCGUGGACAUCCAGUCCCCGUACACACGCGCAAUAUGUCUGCCACCAGUGGGCGACGCCAUCUUUGGAAACGACUUCGACAAGAGAGAGCCAGGAUCUCCACUCAUGCAUGACAACACCGUGGAUCUGUUUGACGUGGAGAGAAAGGGGCAGUGCUGGGUGACCGGAUGGGGCUACACUGCAGAUCAAGAGGAAACUGAUCGCUCACGCUUGCGCCAAGUUCGCGGUGACGUCAUCAGUAGCACCCAGUGCAAAGAGUUCUGGCAGUCUGAGCUGGAAGAGGACACGUUGUGCUUUGGGGAUGGAACUCAUGGCCCUUGCAAGGGCGAUUCAGGUGGGCCCAUGUCUUGCAGUUAUGACGGCAAAUAUUACAUCACAGGUGUCGUUUCAUGGGGAUCGGAAGACUGCAAACAGAAGGGAUACCCGAGUGUAUUCACUCGUGUGACGUCAUACCUCAAUUGGAUCAACAAGCACGUCUCGCGUGGUUAACGCUACAACUUGCUGACGUAAACAAAAUUGAACCCAAGUUUGAAGAAUUCCAGGACGACUCAGGGAACAUUGUAUUUUUUGUCCAACCAAACAAACCCAAUCUAUUUAUUGUUAAAAAAGAACUGUGAUACUCCUAGUCGUUGAUUCUCUUAGCGUCAAUGUUUUGAACAGAAAUCCAAGACAUUGUUACUAAAAAUAGUAACAAUUUCAAAUUGCAAAUGGCGUGUUUUCGAAUGUCACUGUAUGCUCUAUCUGAGUCUUGUUAUGUUUUUUUUUCCUGUUUGUGUGUCUUUCUUUGACAAAACUUCUCGAAUUAUAUCAAAAAGAUGAAGUAGCUCUCUUUAAGCAUGUUUAAGGUUUAUAUUAUAUUUUUGUAUAUAUAUGUUACCUGUGUUGAAAUUAACUUAAAAUUCCACUCUUGAUUCUAUAUAUACUGACAGAAUGUGAUGGUUAGAAGUGUUGUUUACAAAUAAACCUAUGUCGGUGAGGGUAAAA